AAUCAGGUUGCACACCAGCUGUAAAGAAAGUAUUUUCCUGUUUCCAGGAGUGAAUAUCAGUCUUGUUUAUUGAAGUGGAAGGCAGCAGUGUGGGCUUGUGUCUUGGAGCAGCAGAAAUAGAGAAGAGAAGAUUCUUGACAUUGGAGUGAAACUGAGUUAACAAUGGAGCCAUCAGAAGAAUUUGUGUUCAAACAUAAAGGAUUUUAUUUCCAACCAGACCUUGUUACACCUGAAUACAUAGAUUCACUGGAGGAUUUUGAAAUCAGAGACAGUGAUGUAUUUAUUGUUACUUAUCCAAAAUCAGGGACUGUGUGGACUCAGAAUAUUUUGUGCUUGAUUUAUCAUGAAGGCCAUCGAGAUGGAACAGAAAAUAUGGAAAUAAAAUACAGAGUCCCAUGGCUGGAGUAUAAUAUAUAUAAUAUGGAUUAUGUCCAUCGUCCAUCACCUCGUCUCUUUACAACUCACCUGCCUUACUAUUUAGUUCCAAGAGAUCUGAGGAACAGGAGAGCAAAAGUUAUUUAUGUAGCCAGAAACCCGAAGGAUGUUGCGGUUUCCUAUUUUCAUUUUUCCAACCUUUCAGUCACACUUGAGACAAUACCAGAUUUUAAUAUUUUUCUGGAGAGGUUUUUAGCUGGGAAAGUACUGGCUGGCUCCUGGUUGGAUCACGUCAGAGGCUGGUCUACCCACAGGGAAGAGUUCAAUAUUUUCUUCCUUACCUAUGAGGAGAUGAAGAAGGAUCUCAGAGGCGCGGUGCUGAAAAUCUGCAAAUUCUUAGGAAAGCAGCUAAAUGAAAAGGAGCUGGACACUGUUGUGGAAAAUGCUACAUUUGAUAAAAUGAAAACUGAUCCCAGGGCAAACUAUGAUUCCAUGCAAAGCAAUCUCCAGGAACGAGGCAAAGGACAUUUUCUUCGGAAAGGGAUCAUUGGAGACUGGAAGAACACAAUGACUGUGGCACAGAGCGAAAGGUUUGACAAUGUUUUUAAGGAGAAAAUGAAAGACCUGUCUUCCACGUUCAGCUGGGAUAUUAAUGACGACAUAUAGGCUGGUUUCCAGUUGGAAAGAGGUGAAAGUGCGCUAAAGAGAAUGAAAAUAUGGUUUUGUCUCCAGUGUU